AAAUUUAUUCAUUUGAUAUUAUGAUUUUGGGUUCAAUUUCCUCCCUUGAUGUUGUUUGGUAAGCUAAUGCUACGAGCUAAGCUAAUAUAAUGUUAAUAUUAGCUCAUUAUUAGUGUCCUUUUAACUUUUAAUAGUAAAAUAAGAUUACAUCAUUCUUAUUGUUAUUAUUCUACCCCUCAUAGCCUGUUGUCAUGCUUUAGCAAAUUGCUAGCAGUUUCCUUUUUCGUAAUAACUUACAUUUGAAACUGCUGUAAGAAAAGAAGUAGGAAUAAUUAAUUAUAAUUUGAGAAAUUAAUAGCAAUCAGACAUGUUGACGAACAUGAUGGCCUCAGUAGUGAAUAUAAUGCCGAGCCUUUUUGACGCUGUUUGACUGGCAGCAGAACGUCAGCCGGGUUCUGUCGCCCUCCUUGUGUUGAUUCUACUGACCUCAGGUUGGCUGAAAAGCGACAGGGGUGGGACCCAGCAGUGAGCAGCUGUCCCAGCACAGCUCCCUGGGCUGUGCCCCCCUUCACACCGACUGGUCAUGAGUGGAUGGGGGGCAGGCAGCGUGCAGCGAGUCCAACAGGCCUCAAAACCCACAUUCUACCAGAAGCUAAGCCAGAAGAACCUGAAGGAAAGUCACUGAACGACACACUGCUGGGAGUCAGUUACAAAAGCCUGACAAGUCGGAGGCCAUCAGGAAGAGGAAGGUACAAGUGAAACUGUCACUUCAAGAGACAAGUUAAGGGGCUGUUAAUGCAACAUGAUCCGGUGGGUCUUGCCCUAAAAAUACCCCUGGUCGGACUGGGGCAGCUAUCUGGAUUUGCCGGAAACUUCUUUUGCUUCUUCGGACAACAACAAGGUCAGAAAACAACUAGUUGAGGAGAACUGAUGCACGGUGGAUGUGAUUCUACAUCUUUUCCUUGAUUGACUGACCCUGUUUAAAGAUGUAAAUCACAUUGACUGCAGUCGUCACCCGUAGUCUAACGUCCUGACUGAACUUUGUGUAGAUCCUCAUUAGGGACCUGAGGCAGUGUCGUAGUCAUUCAUUAAAGACCCGGCAGCCAUGAGAAAAGCAGAAGUGCAGAUGACCCUGAAAAAGGGGGCUGAUGAGGCCGUGGCGCCCUCCAGCCCCAUUAUCCCUCCGAAACGCUCCAAAGCCAGUUCAGAGCAGGUCGUCCCAGACCCCCGGGGCGCCGUUUUUUCCAGCCCAACGCCACCGGUGUUUGUACGCAAAAUGAGGAACGCUGCCGUAGGGACGGGCUGCGACAUCCGCCUCAAGGUGACGGUGGCAGGGGAGCCGCAGCCCUCCCUGUACUGGUACCACAACGAAGAGCUUCUCAACAUGGACAACCAGGAGUACGGAGGCUUCUGGAUUCGGGACUGCAAACCCAGCGAUGCUGGCCUCUACACCUGUAUAGCCAACAACCACCUGGGGGAGGCGCGCAGCAGCGCGGUGCUCGCCGUCCUGGAUCUCGGUGAAGAUUCCGAAACAACUGAGGAUGAAGGUGGAGAGCAAUAUGAGACCAUAGAAGGCAGUGGAGAUAUUGAAGAGCAGGAUGUGCAUCGAGUAAUGGAAAAAGCUCCAGAUGAUGACAGUAGAAAACACCAACAUGACGAUCACUCAAACUUAACCAGGACACAGUCGGAGGAACUUUCAAGAGCAGCUUCUCCCCAAGUCCUGCCCCCCCCAUCCCCAAGGCCUGUCAGACGCACCUCCCCCUCUCCAAUGUCAAAUCGUCCUGGUUCAACCACACCAAUUAAUUUGCGAAAGAAAAUUGUUCUGCCAACUGAAUAUCAAGACACAGUGCCUGGGGAGUUUGAAGAGAAGGUCAAACAAACCAAACCUGUCCCCCAAAGUAGCACCCAGGACCCCCGACCACAAACUCCACUAAGUGAGUUCUCCCGAAAGGAAUUCACUCUUAGACCGUCCCCAAAGCUUACGAGGGCAAGCUCAAAGGUUUUUGAGAAGGUCCGUGGCUUAGAAGAGCGGAGACGUAGUCUUGAUAUUCCAGAGGGCUCCAUAUCGGGAAGAUCCUGGGCAGGGUUCAAUCGUGCUGGAUCUGUGGAUUCAGAUGAUGGAGGGAGCCGUUUGGGCAUCUCCAGGGAAAGCUCAAGGGAAGAUCUCCGGGAAGCUCUAAAAGAAGAUGCUGCUGAGCGGAGAUCGAUGUUCAGACAGAAAGCUGCGUCUCUGGAGGAGAAACCUCGCUACUCCCAAAAAGUUCAGGACAUUGAGAACAAGUUCACGGAGGAACUUCAGCGUAUUAAGAAACUUGUUGGAAAGCCUCAUCUGAAAAAGUCCUUUUCAACCGAACAGCUCACCCUGAAGGCCAAGCAGCGCCAACCGUUGAGGAAAAUUGAACCGAUUCCUCCCCAAGUCCUCCAGAAGCUUCAGGAAAGAGAACGGGCCCAGUGGGCAAAAGACCAGAGGGAAAUCACUGUUAGUGAGACGCCAGCACAGCCACAACAAACCCAGCUCCAAAAGACAUCAAGCACUGGUUCAACAGGUGUCACAGUGAGCAGACUCAGAGAGGUAGCAGGCCUCCCAGAGUCCGUGCAACUAUCAGACUUGCCAGGUCAGCGUGUGGUCAGAGAUGUAAGCAGAGCCAGUCCAGUUACAGAAGUCCUUCAGAGAUCCUCAUCCCCAAUAAUACGUCCCCAGAAGGGGGAGUCACCCAGCAGAGGCCUGCCUGAGAUGAUGCUGCGGAGAGUUGAGAGAAGGCCUCCGAGUCCGCUUGUCCAGAGGGUUACUAGAGGACCAGAUUCUCCACACGUCCCAGAACUAUCACAAAAGGAGGAUGCUUCAGGGAGAAAGACUCCCAUAGAAGUCCUAGUGAGAAAGCUUGAAAACAGACCUGAAAGUCCACUGGUGCACAAACGGGCUCUCAUUGUACACGAGCCUCCUCCUCAAACUCCUGUGAAGCCAGAUGAAACACUGGAGGAAAAAAUGGAAGUCGAGCCAUCUAAACCAGCUUCGCAACUAAGCGUCCCCACCAUCGUAGUUGAAGACGAAACCAUGGACGUUGAUGUUCCUGUGAAGGUCACUGCUGGUACCAGAGAGAGACACCAAGCGAAGCGCAAGGGAAAGAGCCGCCGCACCCGACCCAUGUCUCCUGAACUAGAUUCAUCCGAUGACUCUUAUGUGUCUGCUGGAGAAGACCCCAUGGAGGCGCCAGUUUUUGAGUUUCCUCUCCAGGACACUGUAGCAUCCGCUGGGGCUGAUGUGCUGCUAAAAUGCAUCAUUGCUGGAACCCCCAUUCCCGAAGUUUCCUGGACAAAAGACAACACCAGAAUCACAGGCGCUGCAGAUUACACAGUGAAAGUGGAGGGUGAACGACACAGUCUGCUCAUCAAAUCCGCUCAGAGGGGCCAUGCUGGAAGGUACUGUGUAACAGCUGCCAAUCAGGUGGGCCAGGCCUCCAGCAGCGCUACCCUCACCAUCAGAGGAGAGCACGUACAGGAGCCUAAAGGAAAUCUGGGCGUCCCUAUGGAUAUCAGCAGCCCUUUCACAUCUGAUGAGGAGUAUCUCAGCCCCCUGGAGGAAAGCCUGGGCUUUGGAGGACAUGAGCCAAGCAAACACAGACAAACUGUUGAUACACAAUUCAGGAAGCCCCCAGCUUUCCUGGCGACUAUGAAUGAUCAAGCUGUCAUUGAGGGACAGGAAGUCACUAUGUCUGUCCGUAUAAGUGGACAACCCAAGCCCCUGCUGUACUGGUUGAGGGACAGAGUGACAGUAAAAACUGGCUCCCGGCACAUCGUACGCGAGACAGAAGAUGGAGCUUUUGAAAUGACAAUCAAAUCAGCGGUGAGGUCAGACUCUGGGGUUUACACCUGUAAGAUCAUUAACGAGUAUGGAACAAAGCAGUGUGAAGGGAAGUUGGAGGUCAAAGCUCCAGCCAUUGAGCCCGGUCUGGCUGUUAUCCGUCCAGUCAGAGACAUUACAGCCAAGGCCGGAGAGACUGUUCUGUUUGAGUGUCAUGUCAUCGGACCAAAGGACACGGAUGUGGACUGGCUAGCGGAUGGGAGGCUGAUCCAGCCGGCGCUGCUCAACUGUAAGAUGCAUUUUAAUGGAAGCAAGUGUCGUCUGCUGCUUAACUCGGUACAUGAGGACGACAGUGGGACGUACAUGUGCAAGCUCAGCACCGCCAAAGAGGAAGUGACCUCAUGUGGCAAACUGAAAGUCAUCCCCUCACGUGAACCGCUCUUUACUCGCAAGUUGGACAUUGUGGAAGUGAUUGAGGGGCGCAACGCUCGGUUUGACUGUAAAGUCAGCGGGACGCCCUCUCCUACGGUUACAUGGAGCCACUUUGAUCAUCCACUCACAGACAGUGAGGACAUUCGUGUUGUUCAGGAGGGUGGCCGUCACUCUCUCAUCAUCUCCCAUGUGACCACUGAGGAUGAGGGCAUCUAUGUCGUCACGGCCCGUAACAUCCUUGGCGAGGCAGAGAGCUCCGCAGAACUCUACAUACAAGAGCCGCGACCAGCCAUCUCCUCACAGAUGGCCAAACUGGAGAAGAUGCCGUCCAUCCCAGAGGAACCAGAGGUCCCAGAAAAUGAGGUAGAGCGCUUCACUAUGCCGGACUUCAUCAAACCUCUGUAUGACCUGGACGUUAUUGAAGGCAAAGAGGCAGUGCUCAAAUGCAAGGUGGCCGGUUUGCCAUACCCCACUAUCGUCUGGUUCCACAACGGCAAAAGGAUUGAAAGCACAGAGGACAGAAAGAUGACCCAGUUUCGAGACGUCCACAGCUUGGUGAUCCGCUCUGUGUGCCACGCCCACGGUGGCGUCUACAAGAGUGUAAUUUCUAACAAAGUAGGAAAGGCCACCUGCUAUGCUCAUCUCUACGUGACAGACAUACUCCCUGAUCCACCUGAUGGUGUUCCAGUGAUAGAAUCCAUCACUGGUAAAACCAUCACCUUGAGCUGGAGGAAACCACGGAGGCUUGAUCCUUCUAUAGAUCCUACCUCUGUGAUGUAUGCCAUCCAACAACAAGCUCUGGGCUCCAUCCAGUGGACCAUCAUAGCCUCUGGGCUUCAGGAGACCACAUACACUAUCAGCACCCUGUCCAAAGGUGUCCGCUAUUCUUUCAGGAUCCUAACUAUCACUUCCAAAGCCUUCAGUAAGCCUUCACCUGCCACCGACCCAGUACAGCUCCUGGACCGAGGUCCAUAUCUUCAAGAGGCUCCAGUCAUUACUGAUAAGCCAGAAAUUGUCUAUGUAAUGGAAAACCAGUCGGUCACCAUCACAGUUACUCUUAACCAUGUCAAUGCAGCAGUCAUCUGGAAGAGGCGAGGAGUGGUCCUGGCCAGUAAGCCAGGCCUGUAUGAAAUGGGAAUGCCAGACGACGACCAGCACACUCUGAAACUGCUAAAAGUGAAGACCACCGAUGUCGGAGAGAUGGUGUUUGUGGCCUCCAACAAACAUGGCAGCGACAGCUGUACCUUCACUGUGGAGAUGGCAGCUCCACCAACAUUUGAAACUAUCAUGGAGGACUUGGACGUAUGUGCUGGGGAGACCCCUCGCUUUGCUGUGGUUGUGGAGGGCAAACCCAUUCCUGACAUUCUUUGGUUUAAGAAUGACACCCUAUUGUCUGAGAGCAGCCAUUACACAUUUGUGUACGAUGAUAAUGAGUGUUCCCUGGUGGUCCUCAACGCUCGCCCAGAAGACUCUGGGGUGUAUACCUGCACUGCCAGGAACUUGGCAGGAUCUGUGUCCUGUAAAGCUGAGCUCACUGUUCAUGAAGCUAAAGGUAAAGAGGACUCCGUAGACAACGAGGAGACUAUUCUAAGGAAAAUGCGCAGGCUUACAGACUACUAUGACAUCCACAAAGAAAUUGGAAGAGGUGCAUUCUCUUAUAUCAAACGUGUGACCCAGAAGUUAGGCAAAAAAGAUUUUGCUGCAAAGUUCAUCUCCACACGAGCUAAGAAGAAGGCGUCUGCUCUGAGAGAGAUGAAUCUACUUUCUAAGCUGGACAACGAGCGAGUGCUUUAUUUUCACGAUGCCUUUGAGAAAAAGAACGCAGUCGUCAUCAUUACUGAACUAUGCCACGAAGAGCUGCUGGACAGAUUUACAAAGAAAACAACUAUAAUGGAGUCUGAUGUUCGGUCAUGCAUCAGACAGAUGCUUGAGGGGCUGAGUUAUCUACAUCAUCAGAGCAUUAUACACCUGGAUGUCAAGCCCGAUAACAUCCUCAUGGCGGACCCCUGCAGCGAUCAAAUACGCAUCUGUGACUUUGGUAAUGCAGUGGAGCUCGCACCCAAUGAGGCUCAAUACUGCAAAUAUGGCACUCCAGAAUUUGUUGCACCGGAAAUUGUCAAUCAGACCCCUGUGUCAAAAGCAACAGACAUCUGGCCUGUAGGAGUCAUUGCAUAUCUGUGUCUGACAGGAGUUUCUCCAUUCGCUGGAGAGAAUGACUGCAGCUCCUUACUAAACAUCCGGAACUAUAAUGUUGCUUUUGAGGAGAGUAUGUUUGCUGAACUCUGCAGAGAGGCCAAAGGGUUUAUCAUAAAACUGCUGGUUCCAGACAAAUUAAGACCGGAUACUCAGGAAUGUCUGCGCCACCCCUGGUUCAAGACACUCAGCAAAGGGAAGGACAUAAAUACAGAUGCGCUAAAGAAAUUUUUAUCUCGCAGGAAAUGGCAGUGCUCACUAAUCAGUUAUAAAUCAAAAAUGGUCAUGAGGUCCAUACCUGAGUUGCUAAACGAUUCCUCCGGACAUAUCUCCAUCGCUGUUCCCAGGAACCUUAAAGAGGGAUCACCUUUGCCAUCAUCAUCUUCGGAUUCUGACGAGGACAUUGAUGAACUACCUUUUAUCCCAAUGCCACUUAACAUGGAAUUCUCUGGAUCAAGGAUGUCCCUAAAUGACAUUCAAAACAAUGAGGAAACAGGGAAGCAGAAUGGAACAAGAACAUGGUCGAGAUCACCUUUCCAAGCACAGGAGGCAAUGGAAUGUGACCCUAAAGAUGUAAAUAAGGAAGGGAUUGAAAUUCCAGGUAAAGGCCAGAAGAACAGAUCAUUACAAGACAACAACAGGGGAUCCUCAGAUCAAGAAGCGCCCAUUGAAUUGCCACAAAAGUCAGAGCUAUCUAGAAAACCUCUGCGAAGAGGUUCAAGCAUGGAGUCAGACAAACCAGAGGGAGGAAGAAGAAGAGAGCUGAGACGCGGAGGUUCGGCUGACAGUGCAUUGUUGCUCCGAAUUAAACCUCAGGAAGAAAAUGCUGAAGAAAACCAAGAGGAUGGCAGAAGAGUUUUAAAGAAGGCUGUUUCAAUGGAACUACCAAGGAGGAGCACUAGCCCAGGAACCGCUAAGAUGAGCCAGGAAGACUAUGCCCUUAAACUGGAGCUAAUGAGGCAGCGUCUGCUACGUGGUGGCUCUGUCGAUAACAAAAUGAGCGGACUGAGAGGACCGCUGUUGGAAACAUUAGGAAUGGGGGAUGAAAAACGUGCAACAUCCUCAGAUCGCUACUCACGUACAGCUCGUUUGUGUCCACCUCCGCUGAUCAGAGCUGCAUCCAGCGAUUCCCCAAGGGACGAAGUUCCCAAACCCAAAAUUCUGCGCAAAAGUGCUUCUUUCAGUCAAGGGGAUUCAGAACCCAUAGUUUUGCACCGCCGCUCAGGAGCUCCUCUGGAGAUUCCCUUGGCACAAGUAGAAGAAAGAAAGCUCAAGGAGGCCAUAUCCAUGUCAGCUCUGACAGAGCAAACAAAGCUAGACUCUCGUCCAGUAACCCCCAGGGAUCCUUCGCCAAAACCUCCAACUCCAGAGUAUAUUCCGCAGGAGAGUCAAACUAAAACAGAAUGCAAGGAAUAUUUAAUGGAGGAAGAAAUCAGGCCAGAUGACACAAUGCAUAAAAAGGUAGAUGGUAUGACUACAGAUAGCAAUUUUGAUGAAAGAUCCAGCACAAGUGGUUUCUCAGAAAAGGACAUAUCAGAAGAACCAAUUACUGAAUUAGAGUUUAUGGACCAAAGAAUGUCUACACCUCCACCUGCGGUUAAAGGUUCUGCUUUAGAAGAAAAAAUGGAAGAAGACGAAGGAGAAAAAGUGCAAGAAGAAAAGAAAGUUGCAAUGAAAGAAGAGGAGGAGGUAAGGAAUGUUAGUGAAACCCUAGAAUCUACUACAGGAAAUGUUGAAGAGGAAGUUCAAGUUCCUGCUAAAUCUUCUGAUAUGAUUAUAACUACAAGCACUGUUGUGCUUAGGCCAACAGAGGAAUACUCCCAUACUCAAGCAAAUGUAGUGUCAACUUAUGUAACACCCUCCCUUCCUGCUCGCGUUGUUCUUCCAGACGGAAGUACCUCAGCAUAUGCCAGUAUCAUGCAGACCAUCAUGGUCCCUACAGUCCAGUCUGUCAGUGAGCCGGAUUCAGGCCCCUCUGCACCAGUCGUUGUUUCAGGCACCUCAUCCUCCAGCAUAUCCCCUCAAACACUGGUUCCUAAUUAUUCCACUGACAGCAUUUCUCCUGCUUUACUGGGUCCACCAAAACCAGCUGUCACAUCAACCACUGAACACCCUGCUGUGUACUCCAGAGUAGCAUCACCAGAAAUGAUGCUCAAAGAACCCAGCCCACCAAAGACCACUACACAAUCCACAUCUCAACAAGAGCUUUCAACAGGAACAGACUUUGAGGAUAUUACUUCUGAAGAAGUAUUUGAGGCCCGCUUCAAAAAACGUGAGUCUUCUCUGUCAAGAAGUCUGAAAUUUCUGUCACGCUCCAAGAAUGAGGACAAAUCACCAGCUUCCUCAGACUCCACCGAAUCUGGUGAAGAGAUCUACAGACCCAGCCCAGUUGGAGCACCAUUACAACUAGCACAAAGGAGACUUGAAGAAAAGUCAAAGUCAGUCCAGGACCUACGUGAAGCUCAGAAGGAUCAAGGCUUCAUGAGAAGGCUUUCAAUGCGCCUAAAGAGAACUCCUUCAAGCGAACGCAAGGAUGAAACGAUCAAAGAGGAUGAAUCAGUUGCUUCAAGACGAAGGCUUUCUUGGACUCUUGGACGAAGAGGAUCUCAGGACAAGAAGGAAGUGGAUAUGCGUAUGGAUGUUAGUGGCGAACCUUCAGGGGAACAAGAUGAGAAAGAGCUGAAGAAACCUAAUGAAUCUCCAGUUUUGGCUAUGCGAAGGAAGAUUGAAUCAACAGUGGCAGGGAUCUCUACCAGAAUUCGCAGUUACUCUGAGGAAAGGAGAGCAUCAGAAGAGAAGGAUCAAAAGAGGACACCCAUUUUUUCUAUACUACGUCGUUCGACUUCAGAGAGCCGAGCUGCCAAGGUUGGCAGUGUUCCACAAAACCAGCUGGCAACCCAGACUAGCAAUGGUGCCUCAACAGAGUCUCUGGACUCUAUGUCCAGCCUAAAGUCUGAAACAUGUAAAGCGGUGGAGGGUGAACGCAGAUCUCGCUGGGAUCGAUGGGGUCUGACCAGAGGGAGGCGAGACAAGACCGUGUCCCAGCCAGACAUACCAACAGCCAUCUCCAGAGAAAGUAGUUCCUUACGUUCACGCCAGUACUCCAGGCUAGCGUCCGAUUUUCCUCCGGUAUUCCACAUCAAGUUGAGAGACCAUGUCCUACUAGAGGGCGAUCCAGUCACACUCAGCUGUCUGCCAGCAGGCAGCCCCCAUCCACACAUCUCCUGGAUGAAAGAUAAAAAGCCUCUGGAGAUUGAUGCCAGGAUGAACAUGAUUGCCUGCCCUGAUGGCCGACAGUUGCUCAUGAUUAUGCAGACAACCAAAAAGGACGCAGGAGUCUAUGAAUGUGUGGCUACAAACCCCCUGGCUGCUGUGUCUAGCUCUUGCACAAUAUCCCUUGCUCGCCUGCCAAACCGUCCAGGAACCCCCGAGAUUCCUCAGAAAUACAACAACACAGCUUUGGUGUUGUGGAGGCCGUCAGACACUAUGGCCCCCUGCACAUACUCAUUAGAGAGGAGAGCUGAGGGUGAGACAAACUGGCUGAUUGUAGCUACUGGAGUUGCGGACUGUUAUUACAAUGUAGUGGACCUGCCAGCAGGGGGCGCCUUUAGGUACAGAGUAGCCUGUGUCAACAAAGCUGGACAGGGCCCAUACAGCAACCUCUCAGAGGUAGUGAGCCUGGAUGCUGCAGAACCUGCUGAACCGAGUUCUGCUGUGGUAGUCAAGACUGCCCCAGCAAACGCUCCCCCUGUGGUGUUGAUGUCAUCCAUGAAAGUGCCUCCCAUGAAACCAGCGCCUCCUAAAUCUACUGCAGUGACGCUUUCUCAACAUGUCCCUCCCUCUACGUCUGUGGCUCAGUCUGCGACUGCAAAGACCAUCAAGCCAACUGAACCAGCUGAUACGAAUCAAGCUGCUGUUGCUUCCUCCAAUCAAGCUCCUGUGGAGUCCCCCACCACUGUUCAAACAACUAAAGCCAAGAGCACUCUUAGCAUAAAUGUGGGCAAACCCCAAGCUAAACUGACACCCCCACCCAUUGUCCCACCCAAACCACAGAGCCCAUCUAACACCACCCCCCCUAAGAUCAGUAAGCCCCCCUCUCCUGUACCACAACCAGCACCUGUUAUCGGAAAGCCUAUUUCGUCUGUGCCUCUGUAUGUGCCAACCGCGACUGCUCGGGUCACCCUCACCAGUGGCAGCGCAGUGACAACGACCAGCACGCUGUCAGUCAGCCCUGCGAUGGCGUCACCACCAGUGGUAGUGGUUCAGAGUGUGACUCCCGUGGUAGACCGGAGCACACCAUCUGGGCGAAUCACCCCCUCUGGUCGACUCACACCCUCAGGACGCAGGACCCCACUGGGCAAACCUGGUGAGGGAUCUCUGCGCCAGGGGGUCCCACAGAAGCCGUACACCUUCAUGGAUGAGAAAUCAAGAGGCCGUUUUGGUGUGAUCCGUGAGUGCCGGGAGAACGCCACAGGAAACCUCUUCAUGGCUAAGAUUGUCCCAUACGAGGCAGACAGCAAGCAGGCGGUGCUGCAGGAGUACGACAUCCUCAAGUCCCUUCACCAUGACAGGAUCAUGGCUCUGCAUGAAGCCUACGUCACCCCGCGCUACCUUGUGCUCAUCUCUGAAUACUGCAGCGGGAAAGAGCUGCUCUACAGUCUCAUAGACAGGUUCCGUUACUCGGAGGAUGACGUGGUGACUUACAUUGUGCAGAUCCUCCAGGGCCUGGACUACCUCCACACUCGACGCAUCCUCCACCUGGACAUCAAGCCAGACAACGUCAUUGUCACCUACAUGAAUGUCAUCAAGAUCAUAGAUUUCGGCUGUUCUCAGACUUACAACCCACUCUUCCUCAAGCAGUUCAGCCCCCCCAUCGGAACACUGGAGUGCAUGUCUCCAGAAAUGUUGAAAGGGGACGUGGUGGGUCCUCCAGCUGACAUCUGGAGUGUGGGCGUGCUCACUUUCAUCAUGUUGAGCGGCAGAUCACCAUUUCUGGAAAAUGACCCUCAGGAGACUGAAGCCAGGAUCCAGGCAGCAAAGUUUGACCUCGGUAAACUCUACCAGAAUGUCUCCCAAAGUGCCUCCCUGUUCCUUAAGAAGAUCCUGUGUAGCUACCCGUGGGCCCGUCCGUCCAUCAAGGACUGCUUCAAUAACGCCUGGCUUCAGGAUGCCUACUUGAUGCGUCUUCGUAGGCAGACUCUCACAUUUACAACUACCCGUCUCAAGGAAUUCUUGGCCGACCAGCAGCGCAAGCGCGAGCAGGUGGCCACCAAGCACAAAGUUCUGCUGCGGUCCUAUCAGAGCUCGCCACAAACAGUCACCAGCCCCCCCACACCACAUGUGCCCAGCUCAGCCACCGCAGCAGUCACCCAGUGAUCAGUGGGCGUCCUGCAAGGUGGGGUGGCCCCUCGAGCCUUGGCAGCAGCAGCAGUCCUUGGUUUCUUAUCCUCACAGGGCGACUACGGCCUCAUAUCCUGCAAAAGUCCCUCUUCCACCAUAUUAUAAACUAGCAAGAGAAACGAGGCAGUAGCGACCGGGGGGGGGUGUAUGACACCAGGAGGCGGGCCACGCUUCAGUUAGCAUGGACGGGUCCAAGCUAAGUAGCCUGGCGGACCUUUGUCGCUCAUGUCUGUGCAGUAGAUGAGCUAGCAGCCUCCAGCGUGUGUCGGUACGAUGCUGUGGCCCUGCUCUGGACUGAGCCAUGUUUCUGUUUGACAGCUGUAGAUAUCUUGUUAUGGACGGGCCCAUGUGCUGUGUUUACUGCCACUGCGGAUUUUUGACCAUGGGGUUUUUCCACUUUUAGUAUCAGGCUUGUUAAUGCUGGUGCUAGUCAGAAAUGGGGUUUUCAGUUAACACCAGUGUUAUUGGUAAUAAAGUCCCUCGACUAUAUUUCUAAGUAGUCAGGGUGUAUGUCUGUGUAUGAUGGAUGUUAGUAGAUCAAGGCUCUUCUCUUCAACUCGACACUUUGAUUUCAUCACUAAUCCAUUACCAAGCACUAGAAAUUGCCUUCACAUCACACAUCACAGCCCCUUAGUCAGUGAUUCCUGACCAACUAAAUUAUCAUAGAUCAUUCUCUCUGUUCCCGAUUAAGGGACCAGCUUUACUAAAUAGCUUACGUAUGUAACGUAUGUUUAUGGUUUGUACACCUCCACCACUUGUCUGAACUGUAGCAGCUCUACAAAGGAUGUGUUUUUCAGAUUGUACUUGCUGUAUAUUGGAGGAUUCUCCAUAAGGGCUUUAAUAGGUUUAUUUCCAAAUAAUACAAACAGUAUAAUAAUGAUUGGUUGACUGCCCGUUGUUCAGAUCAUGUCUGCUGUGAUGAGUGUGGCUCCGUGUGUGACACGACAAGCACAUGGCUGGCUCCUGGUUGGGCUAAACACUUCCAAUUAGCCCAGCGGGACACAACAUGGACAUGUGUCUGGGUUUACACAGGUAGAGUUUCAACUCAAUCUAAAACCUCUGGGGCGACUGUCCUUUAGCAGCAGAGUAGAACCUUACUGAGUCUUAGUGGUUGAUGGUAGCUGUACCUUUCAACUACUUACAGCUUUUAAAUGUUUUAAAGAGUUUUAUAUAAAUGGGUUCAUGUUUCUAUUUAUCGUUCUUGAUGAAUCAAUUGAAAAACAUUUUGUUCAUCAUCACAAGACACUAAAUGAAACCUUUACAAAACAUGAACCAUUUGUUUCUUCCUCUGUGGUUUUAAGCCAAUCCAACAUGGUCAAAUCAGAUUUGUUCCUGGUUAGAUUUCCAGGAUAAGUUCAACUUGCACAUUUGUGGGAAUGUGCAAAGUUUUACUGAGGUCUACAGUAAAAGUGUGAUUCUGCUCCAGGCGGCUGGUUGAUCACCGAUAACUGAUGAUGAUCUAUGAUACAUGAUUGAGCUCAGUUUGCAGAGCAGCAUGUGAACAGUUGCUGUGACUAGUACAGACAAGCGUAAAAGUUUCUGUGACAGAUUAGUGAAGAUUUGAGAUUCCGAGUCUUGGGACAAUGUGAAGCUGAAGUGUUCAGUCUGUGUUAUUAUUGAAAGGACUGGACUAGUUCUGUGUGUUUAAAGGACGAUGCUGGGUAAAUACUGCCCUCUUCUCCUCUUCCUGAUAAGUAGAAGUAUUUCCUGAUGGAGCAUCACCACGAGAAGGAAACGCCUGCAAUAUAUUCCUUCUGCUCGUAAGUCGCAGUUACGAUGCUCCACUUUUUAUAUAAAACCCCUGCGUUGUACUUUGUGGAAUGUGCUGCAGUGCCUUCAGAUGGACAUUAGACCCACACAGAAGUUCUCUAUUUUGAUUAUCUGGAUGCAGCUGCUCAGUGAGCGUGAGCGUUUCGCAGUGUGUUUAUUUAUCGAGUGACUGUAAUAGUUUCAGCUUCUGCUAUUUAUUUUUGUGAAAUUUCUGACUCUGGCAUGGAAAAGGCAUGACAGCUGUUACAGCUAUAACCAAUAAACAAUAAACAAACAAAA